AAAGAAUGCUGAGUUUUUUUUUAUUUUGCUAAUGUUUCUGAUAAUAUAUUGUUUGUCACGUCUUCAAAUAAUUACCAAUGGCUGAGAUGCGAAAUCGUCUGAGAUAUCCCGAGCAUUAUUACCAAAAGAGGUACUAUAAUGAUGAUUUGGAGAAGGUGAAGAAAAAGAAAACGAACAUCAGCAGAUUUCGAAAUUAUCUUAGAAGUCUUUGCCAACAGUCACUUAUAACAGGUUUCCCAGUCAUUGCUUCAACUCGAAGCGUAACCCGCAAAUUAGUCAAGACAAUUGUUUUCAUCAUCUGUACUGCGGGAUUCCUGUAUCAAACAUCUGAUUUUCUUCGUAUGUAUAUGGCAUACCCAACAAUGGUAGAUGUGCAGUUAGAGAAUCCAGAUACAGUAGAGUUACCAGCAGUUACGAUUUGCAACAAGAACAUACUUCGUCGCAAGGCGUUUUGCCGAGUUUUACCAGAUGAAUGUGAAUGGGGUUUCAAGAAUCGGACAGAAUUUUGUUCAAUUUUUCCGAAGUUUUGCAUAUCCUACGAGAGUGAUGAAGAUAUAGUAUUUGCGAGACCAAUUACGUGGCGCAUUAUUAACUUCGUACCAGACUUGAAAUUAUUGAAAAACGUGGGGCAGCGUCAGAAUGAUCUUAUAAAAUACUGUAAAGUUAAGUUAAACGGAACUCAAGCUUGCAAGAAUUACGUCUUUGUUCAACCAACCGACAGUUUGGGGAAACCAAACAACUGUUACGCCUUUGAAUCUUUCUGGGGUCAACCAGAGGCUGAAAGUUAUAAGGCACCCAUUACGGCUGGUUAUUCAGUAUGGGUAGAUUUACAUCCUGAAGACUAUUUAACAUACGAUGACUUCGUACAGGCAUAUGUGUAUGCACAUGAUGCCUUUGCUAUUGGAAACCCUAUGAAGGAAGGCUUGACGCUGGAAGGAGGGAAGAUAUACAAUCUUUAUGUAACUCAGAUUGUUCGUAUUCGAUUGCCGCCUCCUUAUGAAACGAACUGCACUGAUUAUAGAAGUCUGUGGAGGAGAAAUGGAGGCUAUGGCCCAUUAACUAAGAAAGCAUGCUCGGAAAUUUGCAGAAUAAAGCAAAUGAUGGACACGGUUGGUUGCGUUGCUACAUCAAUAUCGUAUCCACAUAACCAUUCCUCUUGUAGUAUAAAUUACUAUGCACCUGAGAAGAUGAUUGAGAAAUGCUCUAGAGAAUGCAAUGAAGCUUGCGAAGAAAGGUCUUAUAAUUUAAGAGUAGAAGUGAAAGGAGAUAUACCCAAGUGUGAUUUGAGUGAAUUUGCAGGAUGCAAGUCUAAGGCUAUUGUCUUAAAUUUCAUAUUCAAUCGAAUGGAAGUCACGAAGUUUGAACAUGAGCCAAAAUAUGAGAGCGUAGAAAUGUUCAGCUACAUCGGUGGUUACAUGGGAAUGUGGCUGGGAAUUUCUCUUGUGGCACUGUUCGAUUUCAUCGAAACCAUCGGUUACUUGCUCUAUUAUCCUUUCAAGGAUUAUACAAACAAGAGAAAGAAGAUUAGACAAGCUGAUUUCAUACAGCGGAAUCUUUAUUUUGAUAGAUACGACAAAUAUGAUAUUUAAUAGCAACAUACUCAAAGCCAUGGAUCUUUAUUUUAAAAGUCGAAUUCUUUAAGAACAUUUUACCUACAGUUAUAUACAAAUGCUGCAAAGAUCAGACAAGUUGGAUAUAAGAUACUAAUUCUUCAAUCAAAAAUUGCCGACUCGAAUUUAAAUCAUGCUUUCAAAUCCAAAAUUAAGAAAUUAAAGGGAAAAUAUAAUUUCAUGUUUAAUAUAUUGUUGCGUUUUUCUUCUG